UGCAAAAGAUCUGUGGAUUGUUCAAGGUUGAAUUGUGACAAUCAUAGAUAGUAGAUAGUGACAUUUAUUACUGUAACCUCGCUUUUAUUAUCAUGAAAACUAAUCAAAUAAUCGCAAAAUUGCAGUUUAAACAUUUUAUUAAAAAUUUAUCGGAUAUUUAUCAAAGAGAUAGAUGAAGAAACGAAUCACAAAUAUUAAAAGUGAAUAAAAUGGAAAUAGCCGAACUGAAAGUAGAAAUUAAAAUUUGUGGUGUGUGUGGUGACAAAGCUUUUGGCCAUAAUUUCAACGCAGUUACGUGUGAAAGUUGUAAAGCGUUUUUUCGUCGAAAUGCUCUAGCAAACAAAACGUUUAAAUGUCCUUUUAACGACAGUUGCGAAAUAACAACCGUAACUCGUAGGUUUUGUCAAAAGUGCCGUUUGGACAAAUGUUUUGCAAUAGGUAUGCGUAAAAGUUUAAUCAUGUCUGAGGAAGAUAAAAUUCAAAAGAGACAGAAAAUAGAAGAAAACAGAAUAAACAAGAGAAGAUCAGUAUCUUCCUUUAAAAGUUCUUUCAAGAAAAUUAAAAGGAAUACAUAUUUCAAAAAAGCUCUACCAAAUAAUUUUGCUCAAGACUGUAAAAUAACUAGUGGGGUUAAUACAGAUCAAAAUAUUGAAAAGCCUCAAAUAAAUAUACCCAAUGUGAUAAAUUAUAGCACUUUAGAACCAGUCAGUACAACAUGUGUACAUAGUGAUUCCUCCAGUUCAUUUUCAAGUGAAAUAACUUCAUCUUUAAUACAAGAUGCUUCAAGUACAAAUUCAUGCAUGCUAAGAACUAUGUUAAACACAACUCCUAAUACUAACUCCUACAAUAGUGAUGAAGAUGUUCAAUCUACAUCAGAAACUGUUAACAACAACAAUCAAAAUUGCAAUCAUAAUUCCAAUCAUACACCUAUUUCAAUAGAUGAUGCUGAUGUUACAAAAGAUGUUGUACAAAAUGUAAAAAGGAGUAAAAUUGAACCUAAUUCAAUUGAAUCAAUAUUAUGUGAAGCAAUUAAAUUGGAAUUUCAAUCCUAUUCAUGUUUAGCUCAGUGUCACAGUAGUUCUAGGGAGCUAAAUGAUGCAGAAAGGGCCAAACUGAAUGAACUUAUUGUUGCAAAUAAGGCCCUUCUAACUCCACUGGAUGAAGAAAUAAGUAGUAUAGGAUCAAAUUACAAAGCAAAAUUAUGUGGUGAUCAGCCAAAUGGAAAUUUAAUGGAUGUUAUAAACUUAACUGCCAUUGCUAUAAGACGUCUUAUAAAAAUGGCAAAAAAAAUUAACGCAUUUAAAAAUAUGUGCCAGGAAGACCAGAUAGCUCUUUUAAAAGGGGGAUGCACCGAAAUGAUGAUACUAAGAAGCGCAAUGAAUUACGAUACCACAAAAGAGACGUGGAAGAUACCUCAUAGUCAAGAAAAAUUAAGCAAUAUAAAAGUAGAUAUUCUUAAGCAGGCAAAAGGAAACAUUUAUUAUGAACAUGAAAAGUUUAUAAAAACUUUCGACCAAAAAUGGCGUUAUGACGAAAAUAUUGUUCUUAUAAUGUGUGCAAUAAUAUUAUUUACACCAGACAGACCACUAAUUAUCCACCAAGAUGUCAUUAAAUUGGAACAAAAUUCUUAUUAUUAUUUAUUGAGAAGAUAUCUUGAGAGCAUUAUGAUGGGAUGCGAGGCAAAAUCAACUUUUCUCAAGCUGAUCCAGAAAAUAGCAGAAUUACAUAAACUUAAUGAAGAAGUGAUUAAUGUUUAUUUAAACGUUAAUCCUUCUCAAGUGGAGCCGCUUAUUCUAGAGAUUUUUGACCUUAAUCAUUAAAUGACGUAGUAUUGCCUUUUUGUGCAUAACUUUGCUCAUUACAAAUGUUAAGAUGAAAAACACAGCCAAAGGUAGUUAAAUGAAUAACAAACAAUAUGAUUUGUAAAUCUAAUUGUAAGUUAUUUUUUUACUUGAGGAUUAGAAUUGUUAAUAUUUGCACAUUAUGUAAGACUUGUCUCGAUUAACGUACUUAAAUUGCCGUACUAUUUUAUUUCCAAUUUUGACACUGUUGCAUGUAAUUCAUUCCAAUAAUUUUUCUUAAUUUUAAAUACUUGUGCCAUGUGAACCAAAAAAGGACAAAAGAAUAGUGAUAAGCCCAGAGAUAUCUGAAUCUUGUUUAUGUUUGUGAUGUGAUGUUAAUUUGUUAAAAAUAAAUAUAUAUUUUAUUUGAA